GUACACAGCGUUUUACACGCUCGUGUACACAGCAUAUAUACCCCUCCGUUUUUUACCUUUCCCCUUCAUCCUUUUACCUGUCUCCCACCCCACCCACAAUUCACCUCUUUCUUCUCUUCCGUAACCUAACGCACGAUCCAGCCCUCUCUCUUCUUCCUCUCGCCUUUUCUUCCUCUCGCCUCUUAGCCUGCUGGAUUUCUUCUCUUCUUCCCUUUUUAAUUUAUUGAUAGUGAAACAAUGGACUUCGUUAACAUUUUUUGGGGUGCGCCAACUCCAUCUUCAAAUUCAAAGGUGAAUCUUCAAUUCAAACUCCAGUUCUUAGAUCCCAUUUAUUUCUUCUUCUUUUCUUCUUCAUUUGCAGCUCAUCUUUAAAAUUUCUACUCAACUUCGAACUCCCUUUCAAGCAUCAUCUUGGAGAUUUUUUUUUGUCUCAAAACUUUGAUUAUUAGGGUCUAGGUUAACAAUCGACUCAUUUUUUAUGUUCAUGAUGGAUUAGUUUGUGAUGUAAAUAUUGAAAUUUGUUUCUUUGAUAUAGGUUUGUUAUAGGUUUGUGAUGUUAAUAUUGAAAUUUUAGUUGAACUAGUUUCUUUAUGUUUAUGCUCAUUAUAUGUUUGUUAAAAUGCCCAUUACGAUAAAAUGGAUGGAAAUUAUGGGUGUGUAGAACUCCAUAAAAGGUUUUGGGUUGCUAAAUCUUGAUAAAUUUGAUUUGCAGAACUCCACAAAAAAAAAAGGUUUUGAUUGCUAAAUUUUGUGCCCCAGUUUUUGGUGAAGAAUCUGCCCGGGCAGCCUCCAGUCCCCCUUUUAGUGUUGUUAUUCCUUUAGUAACUGAUAAAAUUGCAGAAAGCCAUGUAGUUUUGCCUUUGGUUACAACUUAUUGUGCUGAUUCCCAAAGCACAGACCUGAUUGCACAUUCUAUUCCCUUGCAAAUUAAAGCCCCUGUAAGAUCUGAUACUAUUGCACAAAGCCAGGUUAUGUUGCCUUUGAUUACAGCAGGCUGAUUGUUGCUGCAAGCCAGGCUCUUUCAGCCCCUAUUUUGCAUUAUAAUGAUUACCAAUGUGCUGCCCCGGUUGUGAAUCUUAAUGUGCCUCAUAAACAAGAGGACAACCAGGUUUCCCGUGUUGAAAUUCAUUCUAGUAUUAUAACCAUAGAUGAGGCAAAUGCCCCUACAAAAUAUACUGUCCCAGUCCCUUAUGAUUCUGAUUUAGGAGCAAGUCCCAGCUGCCUGACCAUUUUGGAAACUACGGUUGACUCUAAUGGACCCCCGGUGGCUACCUCUUAAAGGGCAGUGACCGUUGGUGUAGUUGAUCAGAUUAUGCUGCUGCCCACUGAUGCUCAAGUGUAUGAAGCAAUUGAUGCUCCCACAGAACACAACACAACGAACGGAGAUGAUUAAUUCAAUUCUAAUCCACCAGAACUUGAAACUACCCUAACCACAAAUUUGUCCAAUGAUGAAUCUCAAUCUGAGGACCACUCUAUUUUUUAACAUUUCCCCAAUUACAGGAAAAUUAGCAAGCAGGGAGGAAAGCUUUGACGGUUUCGUGCAGGUCCAAAACAGGAAAUUAAAGAGCAGUGCCUAUAAAUCAAUUCGAGAUGGUCACAAGAAACCUAGAGAUGAAACCGACUACUUCCUAUACCCGGUAGACGCGAGAUUCGACUCACCACACAAACUGGCUGCGGUUCUCAAGAAUCAUAAAUAUACCACCCGGUGGCUAAAACAUAUGAACCAUAUUUGCAGAAGGCGAUUAGGUUCCACAACAAAUUCAACAAUAAUUUUUCAGCUACACUUUGAAUUCAACAAGAAAUUUCAAAUGCUAGUGUAUCUUUAUUUUAUAUGUACCUUUUCAUUCAACCAUGCAUCUGUAAAACUCUUGUAUCUUUAAACUUUUAUAAUUGAUGUGUUCCCCGACACUACCCCCACCUAGAGUGGUUUGCUUCGGGACCCAAAAAAAUUAUAAAUGUGUAGGAAAUGUUGUAAUGCUAUUUCUUAUGUUUGCUUCCCCUUUUAAGAAAUUAUGAAAGCACAGACAUU